UCUUGCUAGAUUUAUACAAACCCUCGCCUGAGCUACUCCAAACCAACCCGGAACUUUUAGGUCAACUAAUUAUUCCCGAAAACUUUGUUGUAAGGAGUUACCUCCUGUUUUUCCGAGCAGCUCAGAUGUUUCUCUGAGUAAGAGUCGUUUCUGGGGACUGACCUGCUUGUUUUUGAGGUGGGAAAACCCACCGUUGCAAAUGUUUCUCGCUCCGACUGCGGCGGUUCCUGCAGGACAGUAAAGCCUUUUCAAACCAGCCAGAGAGUGGUGCAGUCAAGAGGUGCCAAAAUGCCACAGCAGAAAGACAUAGUGAAGAUAGCCAUCCAGAUGCCUGGGGCCUACCCCCAGCUCAUACAACUGGACCAGAAAAAGCCUCUGUCUGCUGUGAUAAAGGAGGUCUGUGAUGGCUGGAAUCUCGCAGGUCCUGACAACUAUGCCCUGCAGUACGCUGAUGGUGUGCAGACAUACAUCACUGAAUCGAAUCGUCUGGACAUUAAGAACGGCUGCAUUCUGCGCCUGACCAAGGCACCGGGCCGUUGUGCAGAUGACUUGUACAAGGGCAUCCAGAGCAUGGACAACGGUGUGCGCUGUGAUUCACUGAAGCAACUGGCGGGCGUUUCCACAGACGUAACCUUUGCUCAGGAGUUCAUCAGCAGGGACGGACACCUCCUAUUGGUCAAGAUAGUAGAAGACUCUAAUGAGCCUGCUGUCAUCAUGACCCACACACUGACAGGCUUCAUGGAGCUGAUGGAUCAUGGGAUAGUUUCUUGGGAAAACCUCUCGUCAGUCUUCAUCGAGAAGAUCGCCAGCUUCGUCAACGCCAAGGCGACCGAUGCAUCGAUUCAACAGGUGUCCUUGGACAUCCUGGAGAGCAUGGUUCUGAGCAGCCACGGCCUCUUCAUGAAAGUCAAACAGGGAGUCACUAUGGAGAGGCUUAUUGCUCACCUCCAGGUGACGAAUCAGCAAAUCCAGACUAAAGCCAUGGCCCUACUUAUGGCACUACUACAAACAGCCGGAGACUCAGACAGACAGGAGAUGUUUGCAUUCCUGAAUAAGAAGAAUCUACGUCAGUACAUUUAUAAAAACAUCAUCCAUAGUUCUGGUUCAGUCCAGGAUGAGAUGGCCCACUACCUCUAUGUCCUACAGUCAGUUACCUUGAAUCACCUGGAGCCUCGAAUGAGGACGCCACUGGACUGUUACAGCCAGGAGCAGAGAGACAUCCUUCACGGCUUGCGGCAGGCAGCGUUUGAGUCAGAAAGUGACAACAGUCUGAGCAACGAGAGACGACGCUCUCUCUGCGCCAAAGAGUUCAAGAAACUGGGCUUCUCUAACAAUAGUAACCCCGGUCAGGACUUGGUGCGAACGCCACCUGGUCUUUUAGCUUUGGACACCAUGUUUUAUUUUGCCUCACGUUAUCCUGAUGCCUACAGCAGGUUUGUCCUGGAGAACAGCAGUAGGGAAGACAAACACGAGUGUCCGUUUGCCAGGAGCAGCAUCCAGCUCACACUCAUUCUGUGUGAAAUCCUUCGUAUCGGAGAGCCCCCCUCAGAGACGGGCUCUGACUACCACCCCAUCUUCUUUAGUCAGGAUCGGCUGAUGGAGGAGCUCUUCUGUGUCUGCAUUCAGCUGCUCAACAAGACCUGGAAGGAGAUGAGGGCGACACAGGAGGACUUUGACAAGGUGAUGCAGGUAGUGAGGGAGCAGAUCACCAGGACGUUGUCCAGUAAGCCGACCUCCCUGGAGCUCUUCAAGAACAAAGUUAAUGCUUUGAACUACAGCGAGAUCCUCAAACUGCGGCAGACAGAAAGGCUGCACCAGGAGGAGACUCUUGCUCCACCCGUACUUGAGCUCAAAGAGCGUCUAAAGCCAGAGCUGCUCGAGUUGAUCCGCCAGCAAAGACUCAACAGGCUGUGUCAGGGAACGAUGUUCAGGAAGAUUAGCAGCCGACGCAGACAGGAUAAACUGUGGUACUGCCGCUUGUCGCCCAAUCAUAAAAUGCUUCACUACGGUGACGUGGAGGAAGACACGGACAAUCCACCAAUUGAAACACUGCAGGAGAAGAUUCCAGUAGCAGAUAUCAAAGGCUUGCUGACGGGAAAAGACUGUCCUCACAUGAAGGAGAAUAAAGGCAAACAGAACAAGGAGGUGUUGGACCUGGCAUUUAGCAUCACAUAUGAUGUAGAAGAGUACAGCCUGAACUUCAUCGCCCCCUCCAGAACUGACUUCUGCCUGUGGACAGACGGACUGAGCGUCCUCCUGGGCCGGGACAUGAGUAGCGAAUCCAUGCGCAGCGAGCUGGAGAUCCUCCUCUCUAUGGAGAUUAAGCUCCGCCUCCUAGAUCUGGAGAACGUUCCCAUCCCCGACAGCGCACCGGUCGUCCCCAAACCGCCGAGCAACUACAACUUCUGCUACGACUUCAGCCAGACUGAGCAGUAGAGUGUGUGCAUAUGCUGGAGUGCAUCUACAACGUGUGUGUGUGUGUGUGUGUGUAUGUAAAUAUAUAUGUGUGUCUGUGUGGAUGUCUGAAAUAAGAGGAUUGUGUUGUGAGAGCUGACCUGUGCAUCCAUGCACUUAUUACUUUAACACAGAUUUAUAACAUAACAUGGCAAUAGAUUUUUCUUCUACUGAUCUUCUCCACCCAAUGAAACAUGGAACAGGAUAAAAUGUGGAAAGUGACUUUGUCUCUUGAGCCACAGCAGUAGUUUUGGAUGUGAACCGCUAUCAAAUAACUAUACUGUACUAAUGCUGAAGAUUAUCACUCGUCAUCUGGGAUUUCUGUUUUCAAUCAGUUGAUGCUCAGAUCUCCUUCUUUCCAUUCAUUAUUCCUCCUCUCUCUGCUGUUCCUCAUCUGUCUGGAAACUUAAAGAAUUAUAGUUUUCCCAAGUCUCCGUUGUUACUGGAGCUGUGUUUAUCCUCUACAGUACAGUGGACCCACUCAAGUAAUGGUACUUUAAAUUUGUUUUGUAAUCAUUUUAUAUAUCUAAAUCUAUGUAUGAUACAUGGAGUAUUCCUGUGUGCACGGCUGCUUAUUUCUGGUUGAGGCCAUAGAUGCUCUGAUCUGUCUCAGAAGGCUGGCUCUGCUCAUUUCUGUCUUCUGUUACUUUCUUGUAUUUUCUUUUCUGUUGCUUUUAAAAAUGGGCAUUAACCAGAACACUGCUUUCUCAAUUCAGCUUGACAAGCUGUAGCUUUAAAUAGCCCUCAUUAGGGUAAGAUGUGGUACAUGUUAGAAUCAUUUCCGACAUCUGAAAAGAAACUCAAUAGGUACUUUGUACGGAUUCCAGUGGCUCAAUAAUAAUUACUGUGGAGCAGAGAUGCUCUGAAAGGUCUGUGUGACUUUAAUCAUGUUAAUGCAGAUUUGCAUUAGGUACCAAGCUCACUUUUUUUUUUCUUUUAGGUUUAAACAGUAACAAUAUGCAAUUGCACCUUUGUCACAAUCAACAGUUUGAUGAGGAAAAACUACCAGCAAUCAUCACUGUAAAUCUGUAUGACAAGCAAUCAGUGAUGUUUAGGUUUGCCUGAACAGACUUGAAUUAAAUCCUGGUUCAAUAAUAAAAAUGAUCCAUUUUAUACAGGGUACUUACACAUUAUAAUGCGAUGGAGACUACAUGCUCAAUCGCAGUGUGCUAUACUCUUUUUCACCAAGCAUUCAGUGGUGACACUUGAAGCAGCUACUCAAGAACUGUCAUGAAGUGUGUUUGAGGGUUCUCUGUCUGUUUUUGUCAUUGGGUUAUUUCAUUUCAAUCACAACUGUCCUCUGCAGUGCAUUCCUGACACACUGUGAUAUUAUUCACUUUGAAUUGUGCGCUUUGAGUGUCUUGACAUGAAUAAACAGUUUGAUUCAUA